AUGUUCCAACGAUUGCUCAUGCUAAUAUCAUGGCUCUUGGGAAAUGAAGCAGUACCCAUGUUUGCCGAUGAAAGGGAUUUCAUGAGGGAUAGAGAACGGCGGAGGCAGAACGGCACAAGCCAGCCACCAGACACCGGCCACCACCAGCCACCAAGGGAUUGGUCGGAGGAUUGCUAUUUUACGAUAUGUCUAAUAGCACUCUUGGUGUUUACCUUUUUGCCAAAACCCAGAGAACCCAGAGAACCCAGAGAACCCAGAGCCUUGAGGCCAACCAGAGCCGUGAGGCCAACCAGAGAAACCAGAGCCGUGAGGCCAACCAGAGCCGUGAGGCCAACCAGAGCCGUGAGGCCAACCAGAGCCGUGAGGCCAACCAGAGCCGUGAGGCCAACCAGAGCCGUGAGGGCCAACCAGAGCCGUGAGGCCAACCAGAGCCGUGAGGCCAACCAGAGCCGUGAGGCCAACCAGAGCCGUGAGGCUAACAAGAGCCGUGAGGCCAACCAGAGCCGUGAGGCCAACCAGAGCCGUGAGGCCAACAGGAGCCGUGAGGCCAACCAGAGCCGUGAGGCCAACCAGAGCCGUGAGGCCAACCAGAGCCGUGAGGCCAACCAGAGCCGUGAGGCCAACCAGAGCCGUGAGGCCAACCAGAGCCGUGAGGCCAACCAGAGCCGUGAGGCCAACCAGAGCCGUGAGGCCAGGAGCCGUGAGGCCAACCAGAGCCGUGAGGCCAACCAGAGCCGUGAGGCCAACCAGAGCCGUGAGGCCAACCAGAGCCGUGAGGCCAAGAGCCGUGAGGCCAACCAGAGCCGUGAGGCCAACCAGAGCCGUGAGGCCAACCAGAGCCGUGAGGCCAACCAGAGCCGUGAGGCCAACCAGAGCCGUGAGGAGCCGUGA